CCAUUUGUGUCGUCAUCACGUCUGACAACGGGAUUCAGGGAGAACAGGAAGAUCCCGACAGCGUUGAGCGUUCCUCUCCAUCUCGAUCAGGGCGAAAACACGCUCACGUUAUUUUUUCCUGAAGAUCCGACUGAGUGGAUUCUGGACGCAGCUCCAUUUGUCUUGGACGAGUGUUUGACAAGAGCUCACGAAAGAUGUGGAAGGCAGCAGCAGGACAGUCAGUUAAAGUGACUGUAGAUGAUGGAGGUGACGACUGGGAGACUGACCCCGACUUUGAGAAUGAUUUAUCCGAGAAGGAGCAGCGUUGGGGUGCUAAGACAGUUGCUGGCUCAGGACAUCAGGGGCACAUAAAUAUCCACCAGCUGCGCGAAACCGUGUCAACGGAGCAUACUAGCUUGAAACAGCAGGAGCUGGAUAACAUGCCCAAGGCAUCGCAUGGAUAUGGAGGAAAAUUUGGGGUUCAGCAGGACCGCAUGGACAAGUCUGCUGUGGGACAUGAAUACCAGAGCAAGUUAUCCAAGCACUGCUCCCAGACUGAUAACUCGAAGGGCUUUGGAGGGAAGUAUGGAGUUCAGUCUGACCGCGUAGACCAGUCUGCGGUGGGCUUUGAGUAUGCUGGGAAAACAGAGAAACACGCCUCACAGAAAGACUAUAACACUGGGUUUGGAGGGAAGUACGGUGUCCAGGCAGAUCGCGUUGACCGCAGUGCAGUGGGCUUUGAUUACCAAGGCAAAACCGAGAAACACGAGUCCCAGAAAGAUUAUACCAAGGGUUUUGGUGGGAAGUUUGGCGUGGAGACCGACAAAAUUGACAAGAGUGCUGUGGGCUUUGAGUACCAGGGCAAAACCGAGAGGCACGAGUCUCAGAAAGACUAUGUCAAAGGAUUUGGUGGCAAAUUCGGUGUGCAGACAGACCGUCAGGAUAAAUCUGCUCUGGGGUGGGACCACCAGGAGAAACUACAGCUCCACGAGUCACAAAAAGAUUACUCCAAAGGGUUUGGAGGAAAAUUUGGUGUCCAGAAUGACAGGAUGGAUAAGAGUGCAGGCACAUUCGAGGAUGUUGAGAAGCCCAAAUCAUCUUACCAGAAAACCAGACCUGUGGAGGCUGCGGGCAGCAGCACAGGAAGCAUUAAGGCCCAAUUUGAGAAUAUUGCCAGGCAGAAGGAGGAAGAGGACAGAAAGAGAGCUGAAGAUGAGCGAGCACGUCGACAGGCCAAGGAGAAACAGGAGCAAGAGGAGGCACGGCGUAGAAUUGAACAGCAGGCCAAAGCUCCUUCUCCGGUUCCUGUUGCGGCGAGCCCGAGUCCCACUCCCAGCCCGACUCCACCGGUCCAGACUUCUUAUUCUUCAGCAUACGAGAUUGCAGAUGAUUUUACCAGCGAAGCUGCUGAUGGGAAUGGAGACCAGCUGUAUGAUGACCCAGAACCACAGGGUCACUACGAACAGCCGGAGUCGCUUUACCAGAGCCCGCCUGAGGAGACGCAGCAGUAUGAGACCGGUGAGGACGCCGGGGUGACCGCGGUUGCCCUGUAUGACUACCAAGCAGCUGGAGAAGAUGAGAUCUCCUUUGACCCCGAUGACAUCAUCACCAACAUUGAGAUGAUUGAUGAGGGCUGGUGGCGUGGCGUUUGCAGAGGGGCUUACGGUCUCUUCCCCGCCAAUUACGUUGAAGUUCGGCAAUGAUGUCACCGUACCCAAAAAGGAGAGGCUGUCAACUUCGAUUUUUCUCAUGCGUUGGUCUAUUUUCUCUCCUUUUAAUUUCGGAGCGCUCCAACACUGUGCAAGACAUCUUUAAAUCGGCAUUCUUCUGCUCUGCGCCUUUUUCCAUCAGCACCUCAAGUAUUUGGUUUUGCAUUUGUUUUUUGUUUGUACGUUGACUUUGUUCCUUUGAGUGAAGCACACUCUUACCUUAGAAUGACUCAACUCCUGGAGAACAUGAAAGUA